UCGUAUAUUUCAGAUAACCGAUUUAAUAUUUACGAACCAAAAACACGAUUCAAUUAGAUAGAACUUUUUCUUAUCUGAUUCUAUCGGAUUUUUUGAGCAGGGUAACUUGGUUUGGAUGUCGUUUACAACACGUUUAACAAUCCGAUAUUGUCGAUCUGAUAAUACAGUAUUACUGUAAUCAUUCUUCAUCGUUCUUCUGUCACUCUUUUCUCAUUUAUUUGACAAGAGUAGUUACCUUUUGAGCACAUUUGCACAACAACCUACGAUAUGAAUCGAGAAAUGGAAAUGUAUUAUGCGACAAAUAAAUUAUUUUUGUCACUAAUCGGUGGUUGGCCAUAUCAACAGAAAACACUGAAAAUAUUGAAACUGUGUUUUUUCGCAAGUAUACAAUUUUCUGCCAUCGUACCUCAGGUGCUAGUAUUAUACGACACUUGGGGUGACAUGGACAUUGCCGUGAAUUGUCUAGUUAAUUUUGUUAUUAUUAUUGCUGGUACCAUAAAAUUAACUAAUAUUGUUGUAAAUAAUAACAAAUUUCGACAACUGUUGCAACAUAUGAUUGAACAUUGGGAACUUUUUAAUAGCGAAUUCGAGCAGCAUAUUUUGAGACGUUAUGCUAAUAUUGGUCAAACAAUAAGACGCUAUUAUGGAGUAUAUGUUAUUGUGACCUUGACAUUGUAUUUGUCAAUGCCGUUGGUACCAAAGAUCUUGAACGUCAUAAUUCCAUUGAAUGAGUCGAGGCCAUUAAUGUAUGUGUAUCAGGCGGAAUACAGAGUGGAGAAAGAAAAGUAUUAUAACCUAAUUUUCUUCCAUUCUUGUGUUGCAACUUCCAUUACAGCAAUAAUUUUGUUCACCGUCGAUACCACGUAUAUAAUGUGUGUAUUGCAUGCUUGCGGCUUAUUUGCAGCUGUCAGCCGGCGACUUAAAAAUAUAACUGGCAAGACAAAAUCUGACGAUCAUGAAAACGUUCAAAUAAGGAUAUCUCAUCAUGUAAUCAUGAAAAAACAUAAUUCUAUUGGGAAUAACCAUCGUGAAUUGAUGAUAUGUUUGAAAAAACAUCAAAUUGCAUUAGAAUAUGCUCAGAUAUUUAACUCUAUGUUCACUUAUGUGACACUUGUUCUUUUAUGUACGAAUAUGAUGAUUUUGAGUGUAAUUGGAAUACAACUUAUCAAUAAUAUUAAGAAUACUGGAGAGAGUAUAAGAUACAUUUUCAUACUUUUUGGUGUGUUUGUUCAUCUUGCAUGUAUGUGUAGUCCUGGGCAAUUUCUGAUAAACCACAGCACAAACAUUUUUGAUGAGGCAUACAAUUUAAGGUGGUAUACAUUCUCUACAAAAACCAGAAAAUUGUUGAUAAUGCUUCUUUACAGAAGUCUUGUUCCAUGCAAACUCACGGCUGGAAAAUCGUUUGUUAUGUCUAUGUCUAUGUUAAAUACGAUGAUACGAACUGCCAUGUCAUAUUUUACAACUUUUUUAUCCAUGCGUUAAAGAAGCUAUUGCAAUUAUGUAUACUUCUUUUUAAAAUUAUCAUAUUUAAAAAAGUCGUUAGAGAAUUAAAACUCAUUGUAUUAUAUUAAAUAUGAUUGUAAUUAUUAUAACUAGGCGAUAUGAUAUCUGACAUAAAAAGUAUGUAAUCUAUAUCCGAAAUUUUGUGAAAAAGACAGAAAAAAAUUUUUUCUAGCAUAAAUUUAAAAAUUACAGCAAGGUUUAGAUAUUGUAGAUAUUUUUCUUGAUGUAUGCAUUUAUUGUGUUUACUACUUUGGUUUGCUUUGUAAAAGAUUCAUAAUUUUAAUGUAUCUUACAUAAUUUUUUUUCCUACGUAAUUCUCUUACGUGACGUGUAGCAAGUCAUUAUGAAGCAAAGGUAGUGCUCUCUUCAAUUGAUUAAACAAUCUUUUAAUAUAAAAUUGAAACGUUUCUGUCUGGAAUUAUCAUAAUAAUUAUUUACUGUCCCUCUACACUUUUUGUGUAUCACAAACUAGCUUUUUACAUCUUUCCUCAUAGAGAGAGCAAAUAUUACAUCUGUUUGCGUUGUUUAAAAUUUCCCAAAAUUUUUUUUCUAAAAAUAGAAAAUUUGUUAAUUUUAAGCUUGUCAUUGAAUUAGAUGUAUCAAAUUUGCAAGUCCAAAAAUUUAGAUUUAUUAACCUUAGGAACUAAAGGAUACAUUUUACAUUUGAAUUAAAUUAGAAUGAGGCAAAUAUGUUCAAUUGCAAAAGUAUAUAUAACACGUAUAUAUAUGUACCAUCAUGCUUUAAAAAGUUAAAGGCAUAUGACAAUCAAUGGAGAAUACACUAUAGCUGGAAAAAAACUAUUAUAAGGACUGAGUUGUACAAUUGUUGUUGCAAAAAAUGUUCAUAAUUUUAGAAUAAAUUAAUACACACAUUAUAAGAAUAUGUUAUCUUUUAUCAAUAACUUAUACGUUUGGCGUUCAACAUUGAGUUUUUCGAAGAAACGAGAGACAUUUAACACUAAUCGAUACGUUCUGAGUCGCGCACACCGAAAACAUGAAAUAAUAAUACCAGGUAACUUCAAAGCUUUUAAAACGUAUAGCGACAUAUUAUAAAUUCUGUUUAUUCGUAUGUUUCGUUUCUUCUAGCUAUAGCCUGUAUUAUCACCAUAUUAUGCACCUUUAAAUAUGUUCCCCUGCGAACAAGGUUUUAACAGAAUAUUAAAAAAGCUAAGAA